CACCCACACAGAUCGAGUUCCUUGUAUUAUCGAACAGGUAUCACUCUCGAAUGCUUUCGUUGAAAGAGAACGCACGUUUAUAUAUUUUUUGAUAGAUAAUAAUGAAAUUCAUAUACGUAUAUAUGCAAUUAAAACGCAUAUAAAAAUAUUGGACUCGUAAAAAAUAAUUCGAUGAAAAUCGAAAUAUAAAUGGCGGAGGAGACGGCCCCAAAGUAUUUCCUUGGUAUCCUCUUAACGGAUAAAAAUUCAUCGAAAACAAAGAACUCUUCUCGAGAUGCAGGCGCAUGAAGACAAAGAGAAAGGAAACGGUGAUUAUUAAAUGAAGAAUCGAAAUAGUUUGAAGGUUAUUACAUGAAAUCUAAUUUUGCAUGCUUUUUAUAUUCUAAUAAUGAAAUAUUAGCACGAGAUAAAUUAUCAUAGUACGUGCUACAUUUGCGAUUUUACUUUAAUGAAAAGCAUUAUAACGAAGUUUUUAUUAUUUUUCCUUCGAAAUUUCUAUCGGAUGAAUUAAAACAUUUCAAGCUACCACUAAAUUUUCGCUUAUUGAGCAUACGCAUGUAAGUUAUUCAUCGGUUUUAUGUCAUGUAUAUGAUGUAUAUACAUUCAUCCAUAUCUUCUUUUCUAUGUACGUUCACAUAUCGAUUCUCCUUGGAACUCGGUGUGUUGGAAGAAAAUAAAAACUAACGAAACGUUCUCGUAACCUCAUAUCUACAAUAGUUUCGUUACUUUUGAAUCGAGAUUAUAUAAAUAUAUAUAUAUAUAUAUAUAUAUAUAUAAUUAUUGAAAAUCAUAUAUAUAUAAUUACUUUUGAAGCAUGAGAAACACUUUUUGUCGACCGUUCAGAUUACGUCUGAUUAAAUGCCUCAAAAUGACACGUAUGAUAUUUGUAGCACACCAAUGAUUUUUACUUUAAAAAGAAAACUAUAGAAAACAAACUAAAAAUAUUUAACAAAAUGUAAUUCUUAUAACACGUAUAUUAUAAUUAACUCUUAAUAGUCGAUAGUGUAAUAUUGACAAAUAUUUGAUAAAUUUGAAUUUUAUAAGAACAUAUUAUCUCAUAAUACUGAUAUUUUUAUUGAAUUACGAUCUGAAUAAUGUAGGCAUAAUUUUAAUUAUUCUUUUGUAAGAGUUGUCCUAUCGAGAACAACACGAAAUUCACAAAUGAUGUGAAAUGUAACAGAAAAAAAAAACCGAUUAGAUUCUAACAAAUAAUUGGCAUUGCAUUGAAAGAACUAGUGAAAAGGGAUAUUGAUGUCGUUAUUUUAUUUUAUUUUUUUAUUUUAAGCUAUUUGACAAACCCUUUGUCUUUUCUUUCGACGAGUUGCGUUUUCAAGCAAAAAGUAAUACGAUGUAUCGAGAGAAAGGACGUGAUCGCUUGUGAGGUAAAGGAAGAGAAAAAGAAAGAAAGAAAGAAAAGCGAAGUUACGCAUGCGCGAAAGAAGAUGCGCGUAGACUUGCGCGCGCGCGAUGCGUCCGAAUAGAAGGACAGCUAAAGAACCGGUGAGUAGAACUCCCGCCCUCUAGUCCAGUAUAAUAAUCAGCAAACACAAUGAAUCGGGUUUGCGCAGACUCGGUUGUUUUCGUCGUGUCGGCGCAUUCGCGCGUCGAGACGAUGCUUUUUGAUACAAAAGGAAAUAGCGAAAAAAGGAUAGGAUGAUGAAGUGAGGUGGGCAAGCGCGGCUUUCUUCUUUCUCUCUCCUUCAUUCUCUUUCUCACUCUCUCUCUCUCUCUCUCUCUCUCUCUCUCUCUCUCUCUCUCCCUCUCCCUCUCUCUGUCUUUCUAGAGCUUCGCGCAAAAAUCAUUAAAACGUGUGCUCAAUUCACGGUAGCGACACCGGCACGCAUUCACGUAUUCAUAUAUAGUACCUAGAGUGAGAAAGAGGGUGGGAGCGACCCAAUACGACGAGAGAGCAGAGUGGGAGGAUAAAUAGGUUGGGGUGGGGGAUAGAUUCUCAGAGUUCGAAGCCGCGCGUUUGAUCGGUUUCGAAAUAAUAUAAAUGUUCGCACUGGCGAGGUUUAUCAACAACGAUUUAUUUCGACGGAGCAUGUACGAACACGGAAUUUACGAAAAUAACGAGUAUAAUACCGAGGACGAGGUAGAAUACGGUGUAAACGUAAAAACAGGAAGCAACCAAGGUAAUACGCGUCUCGUUGGCAUGGAAUGGACCCGUGAUAAAACCUUGGAACUUCUUCAAGAAUAUCAGCAGAGACGCGUACUAUGGGAUUGGAAUGCUCGUGGAUAUAGGGAUAGGGUUAAACGUAAACGUGCAAUCCAAGAGCUCGCACAGAUUUUAUCUUGUAAUACGUUAGAGGUCGAGAAGAAAAUAACUAACUUGAAGUGCCAGUACUCCAGGGAAGUACAUAAAAUUCAGAAUAGCCGGGACGCUGCAACCAGGCCCGAUGAUGUUUACGUCUCCAAGUGGUUUGCUUUCAAGGCGAUGCAAUUCCUUCAAUUCGGUACUCGCCGAUAUAGCAAGAGAAAGAAGGUGAGAAGAGAUCAAAGAAAGAAGAAAGUCGAAGAAGAAUCGAAGCUGCAGGAGGAAUAUCUCGUAAGUGACAUCGAUCCAGAAUGUAUAACAUUUAUCGACUGUAACGAAGAGACGAAUGGUUUUACGACCGGUUCGUUCAAUCCUUCCUUGAGCGAAGAUGCCGAAGAAUCUUCUUCGUCGAGUUUGAAAACGAUGGAACUUUAUAAUGCUUCGUUACCAGGACCCAACAGUCCGCUUGACGAUCUCGAAGAAACUGGAGGAACCUUGAAUCUCGAAAGGGCAUCGUCUAACGAGACAAAAAAAACAAAAGAAGAAUUCGUAAAAUUUGCAGAAAGUAUAGCCGUUCAACUCGCUGAAAUACCGGACUCUUAUUCGAGAUCGGUCGCUAAGUUGAGGAUCAAUCAAAUCUUAUUCGAAGCUGAAAUCGGUGUUUACGCGCAAACACGACGCUAAUUGCUUUGCUUUAUAUUUUAUGUUUUAUGUUUAUGAUCGUCAUCGUCGAUCAACGACUAUAAUAAUAUUGACCAUUUGUAUCGAUAAAUUGAUUUUCCGAAAUUCUCUGCUUUUUUGUUAGUCAACGGAUCAUUGCAUCAGGAUCGACGAAUACUCGAGAUCAAGACGAUGAAAGAUCCACGAAUGCAAUUGCGCUUUUCGUCGAUUAUUACAUUUUAUUAUUCGGCGAAAUUUUUCUUAUGAAGAUUAUGAAAAUUUGUUAAUUCAAAUUGAGUCUUAUUUAAUAUUAUGCAAUUUAACUCUUCAUGAUGGAAUAGAGUUCUUUAAGAGCUAAUUUUUUUGUUGCUUUUAAUUUUAUGUGUAAGCAACUUGGUUUGUUCUAUUAGAUCCUAUCGUUCUCUUUUUUGUAAAUUAUUAUCAGUCCUCUCGGAGAUAAUAUUUCGAGACCUUGAGGACAAUUUGUUAUUAUAUUGUUUUGAACGAAUUUUUUUAUUCUUUCUAAUGUUUUUCCUUGACUAACGUUGAAUUAUGAAAGAGAGAUAAUAACGACUGAUAACUAAAAAAAUAACUUAUUAUAGAAGAGAAUGAAAAAAAAAGAAAAGAAGAAAUAAGAAAAUAUCCUUGCAAAAUUUGAUGCAGUUAUUGAAAUAAACAAAAGUACACAAAAUAAAUCAAAAUAAACACAAGGAAGUACGAGGAAGUUUUUCUCUCUAUACGUUUUUCUGUUCGGUUCAAUAUCGAAAAAAUGAAAAACGUGCCUUAUGUACUUUCAUUUAUUUUGAUAUGUACAUAUGAAGAACAUUGAUCGUUAAGAUUGAAGAAAAUUGUAUGUACAGAAAACAACGUAUACGAUUCGAAUCGUUUUUGUUUGAAUAUGUAUGUACUUUUAUACAACAAUAAUCGUGUAAUUGUUGAUAGAAACAGUCCUACAAUGGGACUAAAAAAAAAGAAGACUGUAUAAAAAAAGAAAAUUAUGCUAUGUUGCAAUGUAUUAUCUUUACGUACGGACGAUCCUGAUCAGAUAUUUUUUAAAAGGUCUAUACAGAGAUACAUAUUACGUAUGAAAAUCAAAUAUAGUAUUUUAUUUAUAUUUCAUAAGUGAGAUAAAGAAUUAAUGAAUGGAUGAUUUAAAAUUGUAUGAUUAAAUCGAACAUGCGUUAGUAUUUCUUAUUCUUUUGAAAUACGUUAUGAUAAAUUAUUGUUAUUUAGGUACGAUUAAAUGAGGAAAAAAUC